AUGGGAGAUUUGUUUAACUCAGAUGACAUUCCAGUUACUUGGCCGAGAGAGUUGCCUCAGUUAAAAAAUAUAGAUGACCGUCUACACUGUCCAAUAUGCUACAACUAUAUGAAAAAUCCUGUGAUAUCAACUGCUUGCUCACACAAUUUUUGUUCGUUAUGCAUCAGGAAAAACAUAAGUCUCAAGAACAGCUGUCCAAUAUGUUUUGUUGACAUUUCUGAUGGGUUGCUGCGCCCAAACCGUUGCCUUGAAGAAAUCAUCAAAUGCUUUCAGCCAGUAAAGAAUUAUGUUUUGAAUACUCUAGUGAACACCAGAGAUCAACAACAAGAAGGUUUUUCAACAGAAACUUCAAGAGACAGUUUAUCUUCUCAUUCCUCAGCCAUAAUUCACAAACAAGCAGAAAGUGAAAUAUUGCCUGGUCAGAAUGUUCAUAAAGAGAAUAUUUCAUCAUCUUCUUUCACAGCAGCUGAUGGAAAAAGUCUGAACAGCUACAUUUCUGUCUUUUUGGCAUCAUCAAGUGUUCCUGUCGUAGAUACUCAUCAACCUCCAAUAGCAUCAUGCAGCCAACCUGUAAGAGCAUCAAGACCUAGUGCUCAUCAGAAACCUCCAAGUCAAUCUUCUAAUGAUGUGAAAGAAGUUCUUUGUCCUGUGUGUCAUAACUUGAUAAGGGAGACUAUUAUCAACAUUCAUCUGGAUUCAUGUUUGAACUCAAACAAACCUGCCAAGAGGAAGCCCAUGCCAAAGCUGAUAUAUCAUCUAAUGAAGGAACAAGAGCUGAAGAAAAGGCUUAGAACAUUGGGACUCAGCAAUGUUGGUGACAAAGCUACUCUGAUCAAUCGACACAAGAAGUUUACCAUUCUCUACAAUUCUGAGUGCGAUGCUUUGGAGCCCAGACCGGUCGAAGAACUGAUAGAAAUACAUGUACGAGAAGAAGCCGAAAACCAUCGAUUGGCUACUGAACUACGUCUUGCUUCCGCUAAAGUGAAAACAAAUGAUAUAGAAAAAAUCGAGGAGGAAAAUCUUCAGUAUUUACGCAGUAACAAAGAGAGUUACGAUCGUUUAAUCAACGAAAUUCGGCAGCGUCCACCUUUGCCGCCACCACCUAUUACUCUACCGUUGCCUGAGGAACCUCCAGCUUUCAAAAUCAAGAACGAGCCUCCGAAAGUAGAAAAUGAAAGCGAAGAAGAAGUGACGGAGAUCUAUGUCCCACCAAAGGUUUACGAAAUGAUCUGUUUAUCGGACAGUAGUGAAAGUGAUGAACCACCUUCGAUUAGUUCACGUCCGGUUUCAGCUGCUGGUACGUCUGAUAGUGACGUCUCUAGACAAUCAACUUCCGAUGAUUCCAUUCCCGAUCCAUUGGAAUCUGGGAGUUCUAAGGAUAGCAAUUCUUUGUCCGUUGGUGCUCAAACUAUCACUUUGUCGACAAGUGAUUCAAGUAGCAGCAAUUCCACUUCGCCAACGACCUACAGUCCAGUUGAGUCACCUACCGAAUUUUUAUUUGAAGAAGAAUCUAGCAGUAGCUUGAGCGCUAUGUUGCCCACCGUACUGAAAAUGUCAAAGAAAAGGUCAAAGUCUCCUUCGCUGAACAUGUCCGACCGCAAACUGUCAUUAAGAAGAAGAUUUUGAAGAUAGUUGUGGCAUUAUUGUGUAAAUAUUUUUUCUAAUAAUUUCUUUUUGUUUGUGCAAAAAUGGUUUGCCCUGCUAUUCUUGCAUGCCAGUCAUUUUGGUUCUAAAUUUUAUGUUUCCGAUCGAGAAUAAAUUGCUUACAAAUUUCAAAUGAAAGCGACGAAAAAUUGAAAAUGUAAAAGAAACUGGCAUCCUAAUUGUUGAAUGAUAAAUAAAACCCCAGAAAUGUCCUGAG